AUAUAACCAUUUAUAUGGAGAGUGCGUUGCUAUUAUCCGGCAUAUUGCUGUCACUGCAUGGACUCAUCUCGCCGAUAUCGGCUCAGCGUUUGCCGACUAUCGCUUGCCCACAGUUCUUUGAGUAUUUAUCGUACAAUCAGCAGUUCAUAGGACACAUUGCAGUACGACAUGACCCGCAAUACGAGAGCAACGAGCUCGUUGUGGAAUUCUCACAGUACGGUGCUUAUCAAUGGAGCUAUGUGGGAAGCUUGACACUAAUGGACAAUCCGGAGGUUACCAAGUCCCAUUUAGCUAAUGGCGAGCCCGUUAACUAUCGCGUCGACUUUCCCAUACCCGGCGAUCCGCCCAAAUUGACAAAAAUCACUCUCAAUAAUGAGGUGCUCUGCAGUGCAGCGCAGUAUCCACCACCAAAGACCGCCAUCAUACUUAGGCAUUCACUGCUGUCCACAACGGUGCCGCUUGCCUUCCUGGACUCCAGGCGUGGUCAGAGCGGGUUCAUUCGGCAGUGGGACCUUGGGCCAUCCAUUCCGGCUGCGAAGCUACCGGACUACACGAUACCGCAGAUUCAAGUGCCGGCGCCUAGAACAACUCCCAGGUCACGGCCCGCCGUAGAGCAGCAAACUAAUUUGAAUAGUAGGGUGAAUCCUACGCCCGUGCCCAUAGAUCAAACGCUGACGACUGUCUGCGGACGGGAGCAAGCAGUUACAACGCCACUGAUUUUCCAAGGCCAGCAGCUGCAGCGGGGCCAGCUGCCCUGGUUGGUCGGUCUCUUCGAGCGCGGGACAGACAAUGGUCUGAUCUUCUUUUGUGGCGGCUCGCUUAUAUCCUCGAGGACGGUGCUGUCGGCGGCGCACUGCUUCCGCUUACCUGGUCGGGAUCUGCCUGCUGACCGCGCAGUCGUGUCUCUGGGUCGCAACACCAUCGACAUCAUUUCGGAGGGUGAAUUGCGCGAGGUCUCAGAGCUGCUCUUCCACGACGCAUAUGAAGCCUUUAGCGCGAAUGCGGACAUGGUGCUCAUUAGACUAGCAAAGAAAGUCAUCUUCAACGAUUACAUUGUUCCCAUUUGCCUAUGGAACGAGAACUAUCCGCUGCAGCUGCCAGCAGGCACUAAGAUGUACGUAGCUGGCUGGGGAGCCGAUGAGAACGGGAAUGUCAACACGCAGUUCUCGAAAAUCACGGACACGAACGUCGUCAGCGAGUCCGACUGUCUGCGCGAGAGUGUGCGCUCCCUGGUGCAGCCGAACACGAUCUGUGCGAAGCGCAUGGGGGCCGGUCCAUGCGCCAGCGACGGAGGCGGCGGACUGAUGCUGCGAGAUAACAAUGUCUGGCUGCUGCGUGGAGUCAUCUCCCUUGGCCUGCAAAAAAACAACACAUGUGAUCUCAACCGACCCUCCAUCUACACGGACGUGGCCAAACACAUUGCCUGGCUCCGCCAGAACAUGUGGGAUUAGCCAGUCUCCAAAUAGUGCCAUAAAAGCAUUUUGCUCUACCUAUUAUUAAUUACUCAGCUCUA